UAUGAUACUAUCAUUGGCCAGUUAACACAUGGGUGUGGCUGUGUACAAAUUUUGUAGAAGCGUAUUGAAUGGUUUCAUAUCAGCGUUUUUAGAGACGAUAUCCCAAAUUACCUGUAAUAAUUGAUGGACAUGGAUUACACAGCAACCCAAAGUGGGUUCACACAGUGUAAGUUACUUGGUCAAAGGAUUGAUCCCAAAUUGAGGAUGAGGAACACGUCAAAGGACGGAACAGAUCCCAGCCAGCUGUUUGACGACACCAGCGCAGCGCCGGGGGUGGAGCCCGCUGGGUUCCCGGGCCAGGGUGUUGGGGCGAUGGGCUACCCCGGCCAGACCCUCCUCUCAGACCCCGUGUCCAACUUGGCCAUGGCGUACGGAAGCAGCCUGGCCAGCCAGGGCAAAGACUUGGUAGACAAAAAUCUGGAUCGUUUCCUCCCCAUCUCUAAACUGAAGUAUUACUUUGCUGUGGACACAGUUUACGUGGGCAAGAAACUCGGACUGCUUGUCUUCCCCUACAUGCACCAGAACUGGGAAGUGAGCUACCAACAGGACACCCCAGUGGCCCCACGCUUUGAUAUCAACGCUCCUGACUUGUACAUUCCAGCAAUGGGUUUCAUCACAUACAUCCUGGUGUCUGGGUUAGCACUUGGAACACAGAACAGGUUUACCCCUGAGAUCCUGGGCAUGCAGGCCAGCUCGGCCCUGGUGUGGCUCAUCAUGGAGGUGCUGGCUGUCCUCCUCAGUCUCUACCUGGUCACAGUCAACACAGACCUCACCACCAUCGACCUUGUGGCCUUCUCCGGAUAUAAAUAUGUGGGGAUGAUUGUAGGGGUCGUGGCAGGGUUACUAUUUGGUCGAACGGGUUAUUACCUAACGCUGCUGUGGUGCUGUAUAUCCAUCUUCAUCUUCAUGAUCCGCACAUUGAGACUAAAGCUCCUGUCUGAGGCAGCAGCCCAAGGCGUGUUGAUCCACGGGGCCAGGAACCAGCUGAGGAUGUACCUGACCAUGUCCAUCGCAGCCGCCCAGCCCAUAUUCAUGUACUGGUUGACCUAUCACCUGGUCGGGUAAGACCACGAGCUGACCAGGAGCGUUUCAUCUGACAAGACACUACCUCUCUAUGGAAAGAUGAGACUGUUCACUGACCAUCACCUCUCCCAACCAUUCGCUGCGGAGGUGCGGGACACUUGCACAGAUAAAUAAAAACACACACAUGGCUUUGUGGAAUCAGCAUUGCCAAGUCUCACAGCACAACUGUAACAGUAGGGUUUGACUUGUCUUUUUGUAUAGUUUUUUAAUGUAAUUGUCUAAAAACAAUAAUUGACUGGCUUGUCAUGUUUUGUAUACUGUAAUUUAGUCAAUUAUGUUUUCUAAGCAUUUGUGAACAUAUGGUUGUAUAUUAGCAAUCUAGCUUGGGCCCUCAAUCUCCAAAGCUUUGACUGAGCCAAGGAUGGAAGCAGAGUUAAGGCAAAUGUAUAGCCUAUGUAAGUAUGCAACGCAAUUAGCUACGCAAAUUGGCUGUCCUGCAGGAUUGCAUUGCAGAAUUGGCAGCCUAAAAUUUGUAAGGUGUCACAACUACGCAGGGAAGCCAUUUUGACUAACUGCGUUCUUGCGUUACACACUUACGUUGACUGAAAGGCUUUAGCAUAAUUUGCCUGCGCCGUCCAGUGAACACAAAAAAAAGCACUCUAUCCUCAUUCAUAGGAUGAUGUAUUUAAACAGAUUUGUGGAUGUGUUUGUAAAUAGGAAGGAGAAAAAUGUUGUACAUGUCUGACGUCUUGGUGACACAAACUGAAGCCCAAAAUAAAGGCUUUCUAUCAUGUAACAAAGUCAUUAAGAAAUCUUACAUUACAGCUGAUGCUUUUUUAAAUAAGCUUGACAAAAAAACACGAGCAUAUGACACUGUAAUUGAUAUUCAUGUUCAAACUGGAAAAAGGGAACAGGAAAAAAAUAUACAGAGGUUUAGAUGUUAUAAUUACUAACUUUCAUUUGAAAUGUAGGCUUGUUACUAGAAAUAUCAUGCUAAAAUGGUGUUGCGUUGCCAUGCUUCAAUUGCUUUUAUGAAUAAUUGAUAUACAGAAACGUAAUAACAUGGAUCCUCUUGUGCUCUCUACAGCCUGAUAAAUAAAUUGAAACUGGGGUGCACAUUUUUUAAAUUGAUAUACAGAAACUUGAUAACAUGGAUCCUCUUAUGCUCUCUACAGCCUGAUAAAUAAAUUGAAACUGGGGUGCACAUUUUUUAUGGCUUUUUAAAAUUUAACUUAUGAAGCUGAAUAUGUCUCAUGCCCAAUAUCACUAACACACACUCAAACUUUGAUUUCUGUUGAUCCAACAGGAAACAAGCUUUCAUGGUCUAUGGUUAGGUUGUAUCUACAUGUAUGUAAGAUUUAACACCUUAGCCCUUUUCCCUCUCUGCCCCAAGUUAGGAUGAUAUGAUAAAUCCUGUUUAUCUUGACAUUAGCAGAUGUAUUUGACAGAUGUUCCUGUCAAUCUUGAUCCAACUCUUGAGAGUCGGCAUUCCAAACCAGAUGCAUCCUACUCUGUCACAUGGCACAAUCAGAUAACAGAAGCCAUGAUUUACACUUUGCAUUAACAUGUGGUUGUCAUCCUGGAUUGCUAUCGGAUCAAGAUGUGUUGUGUCUACACAUGGUAAUAAAAUGUGUAUCUUAUCUGCCACUGC